ACUGCAUUACAUGACAUAUACGCUUUCUGUUUUUAAUAUAUGAAGAAUUUGGUUCCAAAACGAGAUAACUCGGUUUUUAAAAUUUUGGUCAAAACAUGUUUAUUAUUAUGUUAUCAUGUUUUUAUUGUUUUAUUGUGCUACUUAGUUGUUUUUUUUUGUUAAAUUAAUAUUAAUUGAAAUGCACAAUGAAAAUUUUUUGUUUUGGAACCAAAUUCUUCAUAUUGAAACAAGGCACUAGCCUGGAUGCCAGCCGAUCUUAGCCCCGCCCACAAGAUUUUGAGAACGGGAAGAUCGGUCUGGGGUUUCUGCGUUGAGGAGCUACUAUGCUAGACCCAAAGCUGGUCGAAACAAUCAAAUUGUCAGGGCAGGCUUUAUACGAUGAUGGACAGAUGAUCAACAGUAAUGUAAUGAACCACGUCACCAAAGAGUGCGUGUUAUGAAUCUGUUUACAACGAAAUGGCUGCCGCUGUAGAAUAGGCUCCAUGCACAAGCGUAGUGAAGAACUUCCGCUAAUGUCAGAAGGCGGCAUAUCGGUUUCCGGUUUACUUCGUCUUCAUCCGCAUCCGCUAUAAACAAACAAGAUGAGUGCUGCUGUUGUACGAAAAAAGAGAUAUAAUGUGCGUGACGCAUCUAAGUUUCUAAGAGCUGUAGGUGGAUCUAAGGAGCACUGCUGUGUGCCACUUUGCUCUGCUUCAAGUAGAUAUAACACCCAUUUGAGCUUCCACUGUUUCCCGAAAGACACCAACCUUCGUGCGCAGUGGCUUCACAAAAUAAGGAGGGCAGGAUUUACGGUGACCCCCCACACUAAGAUAUGCAGUCGACAUUUUCACGAGAAUGACAUCCACACUACUGCUAGGGGUAGACGGGUUUUAACUGUAGGCUGUGUUCUGUCGUUAUUUGAGUGGAAUAACUACACUAAGGUGUCACGGGCCGGUGUUUGGGAGCGCCGAUCUCGACCACCGAGUCCAGAACCGGACAUGCCGUGGCCUGAUGAAGACAUCGAGAAACCAGUCAUGGUCCCAAUGGUUGUGGACCACGACUACGGGGCCAGUCGUACUGUAUGUGUGGAGCGGGAGCGAUAUGAAGAUGCGUUGAGGGAAAUCGAGACGCUCAGAGAACAGCUUCAAACAUUUCAUCUUCAACACUCCUUUAAUACUGUAUUUUAGAUUCCCCUCAUACGAGCAUCUGAUGGCGUUCUGGCACCUGAUCGAGGCAGCAACAGCAAAAAUUGUUAGGGUCACCAGGGCAAAUAAAAACUAUGCCACUACCACAACAACUGAAAGCCCUUUAACCAGACCAACUGUAAGUUUUCUUUUCUCUCUCUCACACACAUACACACACACACACACACACACACACACACACACACACACACACACACACACACACACACACACGAAAAGGAUGGUUUUGAACUGACACUCAUAAUAAGGGUGUAAUUAUAACCUCAUUUCACGAUUCAAUACAUAUGAGAUACUGAACUCACAAUACAAUAUUAUUGCAACUUAACAUAUUCCCCUAUUGCAUUAUUAUUAUAUUCACCAUUAUAUAUUGUAGUUUAAUGUAGUACUGACAGUAAAACUCUUUAAACUGGAUUUUAUCUUUAACACAUUCAUUUUAAUUUUGGGUGAUCAAAACAGAUAUUCACUAUCCAUGAUUUAUGUUGUUGAAAUUUUGUAUUGCGGUAUUGUAUUACACCCCUACUCAUCACAUUAAACUCAUCUCCCCCCAGAAACUG